CUCCCUGCCGGCAGGUCGCAGCGGGGACGCCGCGGCGGGGCAGCCGGGAGGGGCCGCGCCGCCCCAGAGAGUCAUUGGCGGACCCGGUGGCCCGAAGCUGAUAAAUAAGGGCCCGAACCGAGGCUGCUGGCCAAGUUGGACGUCGCGACCCAAGUAAGGGCCAGGUCAGCGCCGGCCCCACGAGGCAAAGCCAAGUGACCCGCGUUCGGCCAUGGCCUCACUGCUGGGCGCCUACCCUUGGACCGAGGGACUGGAGUGUCCCGCCCUGGAAGCCGAGCUGUCGGAUGGGCUGUCGCCGUCCGCAGUACCCCGACCUUCAGGGGACAAGGGUUCGGAAAGCCGGAUCCGGCGACCCAUGAAUGCCUUCAUGGUCUGGGCCAAGGAUGAGAGGAAACGUCUGGCGGUGCAGAACCCGGACCUGCACAACGCGGAGCUCAGCAAGAUGCUGGGAAAGUCAUGGAAGGCGCUGACACUGUCCCAGAAGAGGCCCUACGUGGAUGAGGCAGAGCGGCUGCGCCUGCAGCACAUGCAGGACUACCCCAACUACAAGUACCGGCCCCGCAGGAAGAAACAAGGCAAGCGACUCUGCAAGCGUGUCGACCCUGGCUUCCUCCUGAGCUCCCUCUCUCGAGACCAGAACACGCUGCCUGAGAAAAACAACAUUAGCAGGGGGGCUUUGGGGGAGAAGGAGGACAGGGGUGAGUACUCCCCAGGUGCCACCUUGCCUGGACUGCACAGCUGCUACCGCGAGGGUGCAGCUGCUGCCCCUGGCAGUGUGGACACAUAUCCCUAUGGGCUGCCCACACCUCCAGAGAUGUCGCCCCUGGAUGUGCUGGAGCCGGAGCAGACCUUCUUCUCGUCCUCAUGUCAGGAGGAGCGUGGCCACCCCCAUCACCUCCCCCAUCUACCAGGGCCCCCUUACUCACCGGAGUUCACACCUAGUCCCCUCCACUGCAGUCACCCUCUAGGCUCUUUGGCUCUUGGCCAAUCCCCAGGGGUUUCUAUGAUGUCCUCUGCUCCUGGUUGCCCCCCAUCUCCAGCCUACUACUCCCAUGCCACCUACCACCCUCUCCACCCCAACCUCCAGGCACACCUGGGCCAGCUGUCCCCACCUCCCGAGCACCCUGGCUUUGACACCUUGGAUCAGCUAAGCCAGGUGGAACUUCUGGGGGACAUGGAUCGCAAUGAAUUUGACCAGUAUUUGAACACUCCCGGCCACCCUGACUCUGCUGCAGGGGUUGGAACCCUCACUGGGCAUGCCCCACUCUCCCAGGGGACUCCAACAGGCCCUACAGAGACCAGCCUCAUCUCCGUCCUGGCCGAUGCCACGGCCACAUAUUACAACAGCUACAGUGUGUCGUAGAGCUGGAGGAACGGAGCCUGUCCCAGCCCUGCCAUCCCCUCCUCCCUAUGAAGCACUGAGCUGAGCAGAAACUGUAGCCAUACCACUCCUUGGUGGCAGGAGGUCAAAAGUGCUGUUUCAGAGCCUUCGGUCAAAAGCCAGGAUCCAGCGCCCCUUCUCUCCCUUCAAAUGUGCUUUGCUGGCUCCACCCUGGAAGCACCCGGAGCUGUAUGCAGUAGGAUUUCCUAGCUACUCUAUACCAUCAGUGUAGCUGAUGGGGAGAAGCCCAGUGCAUUGGAGCUCCUGCUUCUGGUGUAGCUACUUCUGAUCUGUGGUGCUCCCAGUGAGACGGACCCUGGGCCUGGGGCUCCAUCUCAGUUCAGUCUCACUGCCAAAACCUCAUUCUGGCUGACUCUUCCCUCCUGUACAGUGAGGGCUGGCUUCAUAGCCAAGCCCUCGCUCUAUGGACCUCCAAGUUACAGCCCUCUCAAGGCCAAGGAAAGUGUGACUGACUGACUACCCAAGGACCCAGGUUUUCCACUUUCCUAUAACCCCCUCCACAGUCACCCUAGAAUCCCAAAGGAACUCCUUCAGUUGAGAAAAAUAUUCACCUUUGGGCUGGCAAGAUGGCAUGGGAUGUCUUGGUGGGUCAGAGUACCUGCUGCCAAGCCUGAUGACCUACGUUCUCUGCAUGGUAGAAGAAGAGAACUGACUCCUGCAAGUUGUAUUCUGACCUCCAAAUGCAUGUGUGCCCCUGCAUUAUAUGUGUGCUCGCAUGCGCACAUGCACACACAUACAUACAUACAUACUAAAUAUAAUUUUUUUAUGAAAAAAAAAGGAAAACAUGUACCCUGGUUCAGAAAAUUAAUUAGUAGCAUUCAACUGCAUCACUAAAAGCAAAAUCAGAUUCAAACUUGUUUGUUUAGUUUUGUUCUGAGUCAGGGUUUCUCUGUGUAGCCCUGGCUGUUCUGGAACUCACUGUGUAGACCAGGCUGGCCUCAAACUCAAAGUUAAGCCUGUCUCUGCCUCCUGAGUGCUGGGAUUAAAGGUGAGUGCCACCACACCGAGCCUGGAUUUUUUUUAAAUAUAUACUUUAGAUACAUUAUUUUUGUUACAUACAUCUCAGGAGAUAACAGUGCGAGAAAUGCCCUUAUGUAGGCAUGCCCAUCCCCAACCCUGUGCCACAAGGUGUGUAUCCUGUUUUAGAUUCCUCUCGAUUGUAGCAGUGUCUCAUUACCUCCCUGCAGAAUGAACCAAAGAGCUAGGAACCUAAAACAUCUGUCCACAGCAGCAGCUUUGGGGUGUGCUGAUUUCUCGAGCAAAACUGUAGCAUACUCUUAUCUACAGCUGGCAAAGGUGAUUCUUCCCGACACCACCAGAAGGAGGGCUUUUCUCUCUUCUGCUACUCUCCCUCCAAACUAGCCCCUAAUUCAAAGGGCCCCUCCCCUGGCACCCCAGGCAUGACUCCCCUGGCCGUGCAGGGAACUCGGCUCUUGUUCCUCAAGUGGAUACAUCAGAACUAUUCACCUAUCCCACUGUCCUUUGGCUGUCCCAAACAAACACACUGUGACACCCAAAGAUGUUUCUGAGCUUUGGCCCCACCCCAGACAUUUCCAUCCUCUCGGUCUCCUUUGAAGGAACAUACCUAACGCUGAGCUAACAGACUCUUGUCUUCCCUUGGACACGUAUGUAUUAUUGCCUUUAUGAAAUGUGUUUUUAUAUUCUGCCAUUAUGUCCACCUUAUAUUUUGUAUUGUUGACCAAGAAGUCUUAUUAUAAUAUCACUUAUAAGAUAUACUUAAUCUUUAUGCUAUUACUGUAUAUACCUUUUGGUGAUAAAUAGUGAAUUGUUGAUGAUGUAAUUGACUGGUUCCUGGAUGUAUUUUAAUAAUCUCGUGAAACAGUAUCACAGACAUUAAGCUACUCUGUUCCAUUCUUUCAAGAAAACUGAAUAUGCAUGGAACAGUUAUGAAAUUGAUUUGUCAAAAUGUUUAAUUUAAAUAAAUUUUUU